CGACAACUUUGCUUUAAAUUGCGUGCGUAAAAAGAAGAACCAAAAAGAGGAAUUAGUUGAGAAAGUGUUCAAAUUUCAAAUUCCCGAUUAUAAUACAACAAGAACCCCAAUUCCAGUUAUAAUUCCAAAUUGAAAAAAAUAGUCCUACCUUCACGAUCUCGAUCAAGCCAACACGUUUUUUUGGGUUUUUUUUUUUCUUCUAAAAUAGUUUGGAGUAGACCGUGGGUUGGUACUUGAAUUUACCGUCAGUCUGAAGAAAAGCAAUGGCGAAAUCAAUUGUUUCAGCAAUUCUGGAGAAUUUGCGCUCAUUGAUAAUGAUACCCGAUGAGAUAAAGCACAAAGUUGAGGUGGCUCUGAAUCUUGAAGAAGAAAUCCGAAAAAUGACCUCUCAUUUUCAGGAUAUCCUAUUAGUUCUUAAAGAUGCAGAAAUGAAACAGGUGAAGGAUGCCAGUGUGAGAAAUUGGUUAAAGAAACUCAAAGAUGUAGCUUAUGACGUUGAUGAUGUAUUGGAUGAGUGGAAUACUGCCAAACUCAAAUCUCAACUUGGGAAAGAACAAAGGGAAGUCCAAAAUUUUCCCUUGCUAAAGAAGAUACGCUAUUCUAUCUCUUCUUGUACCUCUCAAAGUAUUCUAUACUAUAAUAUUGCAUCGAAGAUAAAAGGCUUGAAUGAACAACUUGAUUGUAUAACUACUGAGAAAGAUAGGUAUAGGUUUGGGUUAGAGAAGGGGAUUGAAGAACCCGAAAGGCAAAUAACUGCAUCUUUCAUAGAUAAAGAAGAGGUUUAUGUUAGGCGUCAAGAGACAAUAAUUCUUGUGAACAUGUUGGUGGGAGAGAAUAGUAAUGGAGGAGGGUCGAGCUUCCGUGUCAUUUCUAUAGUAGGGAUGGGAGGAAUAGGGAAAACGACACUUGCUCAACUGGUUUACAAUGACAAUGAAGUUGAAAGUCAUUUUGACAAGAGAAUAUGGAUAUGUGUCUCAAACCCUUUUGAUGAGAUAAGGAUUGCCAAAGAGAUACUUGAAGCAUUUAGAGGUGAAACUCCGAAUUUAUUUGGCAAGGAUAACAUUUUGCAGCAAAUUCGAAGUCAUAUUUUGGGGAAGAAAAUACUUCUUGUGUUGGAUGAUAUGUGGACUGAAGAUGCAACAAAAUGGGAGCAAUUGAGAAAUUCCCUCAGGUAUUGUUCUCCAGGUAGUAGAAUUUUGAUAACCACUCGUAAGGAAAGAGUUGCAAUAAUUAUGGGAACAACAACUGCAAAUUUAUUUCCAUUACAUCCCUUGUCUCAGGAGGAAUGUUGGUCAUUACUUAGCCAUAGAGCAUUCUAUGGGAGGACAAGUGAGGAGUGUGAAAAUUUAGAAGAUAUUGGUAGGAAAAUUGCAGAAAAGUGUCAGGGCUUGCCACUUGCUGCAAAGAUUUUAGGCGGUGUGUUGCAGUUCAAGAGAACUGGAGAACAAUGGCAAAGUGUCUUGGAUAGCGAAAUAUGGGACCUUCAAGGGGCUGAACAUGAUCUUUUCCGUCCCUUAUUUUUGAGUUAUUAUGAGUUACCUUUGGCUCUGAAGCAGUGCAUUUCAUAUUGUGCUGUUUUUCCCAAAGAUAAGAUCUUAAACAAAGAUGAAUUGAUCAAGUUGUGGAUGGCGCAAGACUACUUGAAGGGAGCAAAGUGCAAAGAGAUGGAGAUUGUUGGUGAGGAAUAUUUUGAUAAGCUGAAGAUGCAUUCCUUUUUUCAGGAUUUUAAAAAGGUUGAACUUGACAGUGAUAUUAUUGAAUGCAAAAUGCAUGAUAUAGUACAUGAUUUUGUUCAACUUUUAACGAAAACUGAAUGUUUGGUGCUGGCAAUUAAUGGUUUUGAAGAAUUAGGAGUAGGGUCUUCUUGUGAUAAGGCUCGUCAUGUAACAUUGAUUUGUAAAGAAGCUGUACCGAUAGACCCUAAUAUUUACUGUUUCAAAAAGUUGCGUAGCCUCCUUAUUGACUCAAGCAAUCAUGAUACUUCAUCACUAAGCGCAUCUUUGCCCAAGUUGUUUGAUCAAUUGACUCGUUUGAGGACAUUAAAUUUGAGUAACAGUUUGUUUGGAAAUUCAAUUGAAGAACUUCCUGAUCAAAUAGGAAAAUUGGUUCAUUUGAGAUACCUUAACCUGAAACAUAAUAGAAAAUUGAAAAAAUUACCUGAAUCGCUGUGCGAGUUAUGUAAUUUACAAACCUUAAACCUUACAUGGUGUGAUAGUCUCCAAGAAUUGCCAUGCGGGAUUGGAAAACUAAUCAACUUGAGUCAUCUUGAGAAUGAGCUGACAGACUUGAGCUUGAUGGCAAUGCCGAAAGGAAUUGGGAGAUUAACAAACCUUCAGACACUGAGGGUGUUUGUGGCAAUGGAUGGGGGCAUUAACAGCAAAGCAGCUAGCCUUGGAGAUCUUCGAAGCUUGAUACAUCUUCGAGGACAUCUUAAGAUCAGUGGAUUGGGAGUUGUGUGGGAUGUGACUGAAGCUAAGAAAGCAGAACUUCAAAACAAGAAAGGCCUCCGCAGUUUGAUUCUAGAUUUUACUAAUGGCAAGAGGUUGAAGUCUGAGAGGCCACUUAGAAGAUAUGAUGAAAUACUUCUUAAAGCUUUACAACCACCUCCUUGCUUGGAAAAAUUGGAGAUAUGGUACUACAGUAGCUCCACCAUUUUCCCCAACUGGAUGCUGGGAUUGACCAAGCUGCAGCAUAUUUCACUGGGUUUUUGCUUUCAUUUGAACUUUUUGCCUCCCUUGGGGAAACUGCCAUCCCUUGAAUCACUCUAUAUAGGGAAAAUGAGAAGUUUGAAAGAGGUGGGAGUCGAAUUUUUGAAAGUGGAAAGACAAGAGAUAUCAUUGUCUUCAUCUGCAGAAUCAUCUGUAUCAUCUAUUAUUGCCUUUCCUAGUUUAAAACAUCUCGAAUUUUCUUAUAUGAAAGAGUGGCAUGAUUGGAUCCCAUUAACGAGUGAAGGAAAAGAGCAUAUUAAUAUUAUGCCUUGGCUUUGUUCCCUAACAAUCGAUUCCUGCCCGAAGUUAAGUGCACUCCCAUACUAUGUUCUUCAGAAUAAAAGUCUAGAACAAUUGGAAAUAAGUCAGAGUCCUAUUCUUUCAGAACGUUGCAGAAAGGAUACAGGGGAGGACUGGCUCAAAAUUUCUCACAUCCCUAGCAUCAUAAUCGAUGGUCUAUGCAUGCAAGCAAACUGCUCUUCUGUCGAGGAGUUUGGAGUAUUGCAGUUGCAACCACUACACAGGUGUUCUUAUAUUUCAUCAGUAUCUGUCCAAUUCACAGUACAUUCAUGUGUAUGGCAUAUCAUUUGCCUAAAUCUGCGGUUGCAUUGUCUAAAAUUUUUCCUAUUUCUGUAUACAUCAAUCCACAACUGGCAUGUGUUUAGGAUCUGCCUUUUUCUGAUAUUGUUGCCUUUUGGUUUUGAAUUUGCAAUAAUAGCCUUGCAAACUCCUUUGCAGCACAUUUAAUUUUAAUUUCAUUACAUACUUCUUACCAUGGUUGUAUUUUAGAGAUGAAUAUUUUUCAGCUAAUGUAAAUUAUUUUUUUUAACACAAUCUAGCAAAAAUGAACUUUUGAUUACUUUUCUUCAUGAGCAGGAAAAAGAAAAAAAAGAAAAGCUCUGUUACAUCAAUGCUAUUAUAUCUUUACCAUAGCUAAUUCUCUUCUACUAUUUGCUUGCUUGUCAGCCCUUUGUUAAGUUCUAUCAAUUUCCACAAAGCAUUUCAGCAAAAUUGAUGUGCAUCAGAGGACAGGUAUGCAUGAACCAUAGUUUUCUUUAUCUCAUUUGUUAUCAAACGGUCAUAAAAUUGUUAAGUAUGUAAUCUUCCUUAACCUUUUUCUUUCUUCUUAGCAAGCAAUUUGGUGUUGAUUUCUUGCUAGAGAAUGUAAUAAUUAUAGGCAAUAUGUAGCAGGUGACUUUUGUUUCAAGGCGUCUUUAUAAAAAUACAUGCAAUGUCACUGGUUCAUGCAUAAUCAACCAUUGGUGCCUGAGCUGGUAUUUGAAGUUCAUGUGAUAAUGCUUUUGUUUCAAAGCAUGUGAAGAGGAAAUUCCCCCAUAAAACUUUUGGGUGAUGCAAGGAACCAGACGAGACAGGAACUGGCUUUUAAGGCAAGUAACUUGUGGGAUGUCAUUUGCCAACAAGGGAGGUUACUAAAGCAUUUUGUAUCUCUUUGUUUCUUAUGAGAGAUCCGCUCGAAGGAGAUUGUCAAAAGAAGCGUUAUCAUUCGUUCUUCAUACAUGGAUCAUCCGUUAUUGAAAUUAAAGUGUAACUUAUCCAUUCAUCAGCCUCAUCUGUGAAAAAGUCAGAAGUACUUCUCCAAGCAACAACCUAAGAGACAGUUGCAAUUUUUUGUAAUAACACGUUUGAAUGAAAAAUCUAUGUACUCAUUAUCUGAUUGUGGAACCCAAGCGUAAUUGAGUCAUUCAGAAGUUUGAAUUUUUUAAGAGUACCAGAUUUUGGACUUUAUUUACAUGUACACGCAUUAAAUGAUUUUUAUGUUUAUUUUUUACUUGUACGAUAUUCAAUAAUUUUA